CCAUUGAUUCGCCUACGCACAAAGCUUCCCGUUGGCUUCCGCUGUCUGUCCUACCGCUUGCCUACCAUUCAGGCGCUCACUGCAAGAUGAUGGGAGGGUGACGGCGGUAGAUUUCAUUCAUUCAACUCUCGGGUCGCUCGGGAAGCUUUCCGAUUGUGCGGUUCGGGUCGCUCGACAUUCGGGUCCGGAUCUGUGGAAUUGUUGUUAGUACCAGUGUAUCAUCGCGUUGGCCGUACACUGGUUGGACGCAAUCCUGCACAACAGUUACAGCAGUGCACGCGACCAGUCUGGAUGCUAUCUGCAAGUUAAGCUCGCUUCCAUCGCAAAAGACGCAUCGCGCAGCAAGCGGUGAACAGUGCUAGGGCAGAAAAUUAAACAGAUUGUGCAUCGAAGGUGAACAGUUUUUGCUAAAACAUCUGACAAACGGAACACAUUUCCGAGCAAACUUCCCUGCAUCGGUGUAAAACUUUGUUUCAACUCCCUUGCCACUACUUAAGUACGUACCCCUCGGAGAAGUAUAGUGCAUCUUUGCACGCGCGUCGGCCUAUCGGUUCAGCGAAUAAGUGUCUGUGGAGUGAUAAAGCGUUUGAUUGGAUUGCUGUAACCGUCUGCUCGCGUGCUGCAAUGUGUGAUCAAACGAUGCCACCAACAAGUGUGACAGAAGUGUGCUUUUAAUCGGACUGUCCCUACGCCAGUCUCGAUCGUUUCGAUCGGCGUGUCGGCACGAGGGCGUCCUUUCCAGUAUCAUGAGCGACGUUUACAACCGCCAGCGUGAGUGGUUGAAUUGUUGUGCGAUAAGUGGCGAUUACACGUAGUGGCACCACACUUGAAAUCACAGCGCCCUCGCCCUUUUGUGUGUCCAAGUGUCCACACCAAAACUGGCCUAGGCCGAGCAACGUCCACGACCAGCGGCACUUAAGUGUCCAUCGUCUGUGCUAGCUGCCUGUGAAGUGGCCGCGUUUGUGUGCGUGGUAGGUGUGCUGUCUCGAAGCUUUUGAGCAAGGCUCGCUGGAGUGAGCGUGUUGUCGAGUGUAGCGAAGUGUAUGUACCUGUUCUCUGUCUAAGUGUGUGCGUGUACCUGUGUGUGUGUGUUUCUGUGUAUGUGUGCGUCCAGACGUAUGUGAGCGGGAAAAUAAACAUGAAACGUCUAAAUCGUCCCCGGGCACUGGUCUGUCAUCUGCUGCUGGCGAUCAACAUUCUAACUGUUUGCUGCAGCAGUAGCAGCUUAGGUAGCAGCAGCAGCAGCAGCAGCAGUAGCACUGAUGUCACCAUCGCUGCAGACGGUUCCAUGCCCUCCAUAGCAAGCAUAACGGAAGCUAAGCCCAAUCCCAAGGAUCAGCAACAGGCCAAACAUCGACACCGGCGAGAGAACAGCGAAGACGAGAAUGGGUACGGACCGGCCACCAACGCAGAAGAAUCGGGUCUGGGCGGACCUAUCGGAGCACCGGGCCUCAGCGACGACGGCGGGGAGGAAAAUUUCAUCGCACUAGCACCAGAUGAAGCGGAUAUUUAUAACUUCUCCAACAUCAUGAGCAUGACCAUGGCGAACGGGCCGCGAUCCGGUGGCGGUACCAAUGUAAAUGAGGCAGAUCCAUUUAAUGAAUUUCGCAAUACACCACGCCAACGUGACGGUGAGCCCGACCGGCAGCUGUCAGCAAAGGGUGAAAAGGAGCUGCCCGAGCUGACGCUCGACGACGAGAAUGGGUUCGGUGAGGGCGCGUUGGGACGGCUCGGUGAAGGGCUAAGAAGUCGCCUCCAGGAGGAAGCGAACGGUGACGACGAGGACGGUGGCAAUGGAGGAGAGGUUGAGUCGGAAGAUGACAAUGCGGUCGAGCGGAGUCGCUUCCUGGCGAAGGAUCCGAGGCCCGCCGACGGGCAGGAAGAACGCUCGUCCCGUACCGACACGGAUGCGGCACUGCUCAGCAACAGCAUCGACUUUUUAAACUCGAUCGAUGGGGCAUACCUUCUUGCUAAUGCCGCUAAUGCCGGUGACCAGCAAGGGGUAAAGAGUGAUGAUUUGGCGCGAAAAAUUCUGGAAGAUAAUGACAAUAAUAUCGCAACACGCAAAACAACCGCGAGUCCGGCAGCGGGCACCGAUUCGGACAACGGUGAAAACGAACUGUUCGAGCAGAUGGAAAAGAAGGCCAAAUCGUACCGGCUGAAGCUGUACAAGAAGCACAAGAACUUCAAGCACACUCACCACCACCGGGGCGGGCUGUACCAUCAGCCGUACCACAACUUUCACCACGACUACUACCGCCGCAAAAUGUUGGAGCGCGAGCGGGAGCGCUGGAAGAAAAUGCAGGACCUGAAGCCGGACUACCAGGGCCAGAUCAACUACUACGAAAACUCGAACAAGCUCGAAACGAACGACGACAUCAUGGCGCACCUGAACGGGCACAGCAGUCAGGAGAAGUGGCCCAACUUCGACAAGGUGAUGACCUCGCUCAAGACGGAAACGAAACCGGACAACAUCCCACCGUACAUCAAGAAGUACAACCGGCGCAACAAGCAGCUGAUUGAUCUGCUCGAGGGCACGAUCGCACCGUUGUCCGACUACAGCGUGCACAAGCAUCGGGAGCGCAAGUACCAUCGUAGGAAAAAUCCCCACUGGAUGGAGGAGGACCUGUUCGAGGAGCAGCGACCGAAUCAGGCGAAGGCCCAGGGCCUGCAGCGCAACUACAUCCAGGAAACGAUCCAGUCCUCGACGAUACACUCAAACGCACUGCCCGGCGAGGGCAUCCACAUCAUCUACGACAAGAAGCACGGCGCCGAUCAUGAGGACUUUGACGAUGGUGGCGGUGCCGGAUCGCACCUGCUGUACGGUCGGCCGACCAUCGCGAGCGGUGGUGGUGGUCAUCCGGUGGAUGGACACCAUCCCAACUACAAACUAUCCUCCCGGGCCGGCCAGUUUGUGUAUCAUCGUGUCGCAUCGCCCCAACCGGUAGGUGGCGCUGGCUACGGACGGUUGAAGCGUCAGCGUUUGCCGUUCGUAGCGAUCACGGAUCGGCGACUUAGUGCACCACCGAAACGUCGCACCAGCAGCCAUGUCAACAACAAUCUACUGAAUCACCAGCCGAUGCCUUAAGAAUCGAGAUCUAAAAAACUCUGUCUCCCCUUCACCUAGUCUGCUUACUCUGUCUAUCUCUCUCUCUCUCUCUAAAGUUUUAGUUUUAGUUUCAGUUUUAGUUAAAUUGCACUACUUUUAGCGCACAAAUUGUUUGAAACAAGAAAAAGAAGCAACAGUCGACAUAGCAAUGUGUCGCAUUUAAAAACGGAAAUGGUUUGCUCAUUCUUUCAUUCCUAUCAUUCAAUCAUUCAUAGUGUUCCAAUUUUAAGCUUCUAUCCAUAUUUCUCUAUUUCUCUCUCUCUUAUGCCCAUCCAUUUUCACGUAUUUGCUUGUGCUACGACUUUCCCGACUGGCAGCGAGGUUUACGCUGACAGGACGCUCUGGUGCGUCCUCACGGUAGAUCGCACCCGGGGUCUUAUCAUCCGGUUUCUGGCAACUGUUUCUGUUCUCGCCAAAGACUAGGGCUGACGAUGAGUUGCUAUCGAUCGAGUGUGAUCGCGCUGGGAUGGGGUUUUGGGACGCGGGGGAAUGCACCGCACAGCACCACGGACCGCGAACAGAUACAGGUCCCAUGGACGAUGGAAAGGAUGGACGGUUUCUGUAACUGCCAGCUCCAUCCUUGCGCCGUAAAGUGCGUUGCGAACGGUGACAGACACUGAUACAAAAACCACAAACAAAACAAAACAAAAAAGAAAGAAAAUGCAAAUACAAGUAGAAGACGAAGACAAUAUAUAUUUACUGAAGAGAGGAUGAAGAAGAUGAAAAACCGAUAGUGGGAGAAAGGAAAUGAUGCUCACGGAAGUAAAGUGUCGAAUGAAAACAACAACAAAAAAUGGAAAAAUUAUACGAAGAAUCGAUAUAAAAGCAAAGCAAAACCAAACCAAAAGAAGAAGGAUAGAUACAAACAAAUGCUAACAAAAGAAAAUCAAUACAAAAUGUUAAAUAAUGGCACUUAUGCAAUUACCAUCCCAAAACUAUUCUACAAAUUUUGGGAAGAACACAAAAGUAAAACCCAGCGGCAGGUGAAGAUCGUUAUCAAAUAAGGCAAAUGGAACAUAAUCUCAUUACACAGCAGCGCAGCGCGGUUGGCUUACCCGUUCGGCGGACGAUACCCAUUGCUGUUAAGGCAGCUACACUGAACCCAGAGCAAAAUCACCACCCUGUUUAACCGCACACCAAGCUAACAUAUCAAACUGGUGGCGAAAAUCACGAUUCCAAUCGUUGCGAGCAGUUUGCAACAUGAUCAGAAAGGUGCAAACGUUCACUAGCGGCUCCCUUUCGACACACGCACAUGCUCAAAAACACACCAAUGCAGUUGUUGAUUCUCCCCAGGAGGGAAGCUUGAAUUUUUCCUUCCACCGGAAGCGGCAUCCCACGCACACGGUAGUCUUAUAAUCUCUAAUGCACAAAACAAAAGACAAACAAAAUUAUGACAAUAAUAAUAAACAUUUUAAAGACGUUUUUUAAUAGCGAAGAUAACACGACGCGUAGCACCAAGACCAGAUGGGAUGGGAGAUGUGCGGGCAGCUGAAUGUAUCGUUGGGGAUGGUACUGCAAACAAAACAGCAUAAAUGUCCCCCGUUUUUGGUUUUUUUUUUUUUGUUCAUCUUUAGUGUUUUAUGGUUAGCUUGCCCAGUUCUGUCCAAAUUUCCAUACACUAUUUCCUGGUACGUUUCGUGACAAACGCUUACCAGCCACGUUACAGAACGCGUGGGACGUCGAUGAUGAAGCGCCGGACAGUGAAAUGUUAACGUAAGUUUUCUAUGAAAACAUAUAAGCAAUAGAAAAUGACAAUAUCUUAUAUACUGGCGGAAGGCCAAAGGGACGCGAAAGUGAGCUAAACGGGCUGCCACCACCGACGUAUGAGGAAGGAAGGAAGGAAGGAAAAAAAAAGAAGAUAAAAACACAAUACCGGCGCCAUUCGUUCCCAGCAUAGGUUUUCUGGAGAAUUAAUUUAACAAAAAUAACAACUGCACUCUUUCAUGUUUCGGUAGGCGAAGCAAGCACAUUGUAGUACGUUUAAACCGUUACUGGUUGUGUUGACUGUAUCGUUUUAUGGUUGAUUAUGGACUUAAUUGAACAUUUAGCUCGCGAGUAGAGUAAAGCUAAGAACGGGAAGAAGCGCACGGUCUAGGUUGGGAAUGCUUCCGGUAGGGGAUGAGGUAAAAUUCAAGCCGGCAACUGCUUUCAGACGACAAAACAAACGGCCAGAACCAUUGAUCGAUGUCGAUGACUUCACCCGUGCGUGACAUCUAUCAACCAACGAUACCAGCCAACCGCUGUGCCGCUGUGCCGCUGUGUAAGCAACUACGCGUUUAAGAUUGAAGCAGCAUAUAUGAGCAUAAUCUAAAUCACACAACCUAAAGCCUAGCUGAUACUUCUCACGGCAUCGAUUCACCAGCUCACCGGUAAAGGAAACAUUAAGUGAAAAGUAUUUAAAAACCACGCCUAUAUACACAUACACUCACCCACACACACAAACACAUGCAAAACAGAGAAACAAAUGCAGCACGAUGAGAAGUGGCGGAUUUGCUUCAAAUAACCGUAAACACACACACACACCCAAAAGUAGAAGGGAAUCUCGAAGGUGGACGUUCCAAAAAAGGGAGGAGAAAGCGGGGAGUAAAAAGAAAACAAGUUAUAGUCAAUUUUCUAAGCGGUAUGAAGGACACAAAACGGUGAGAAUCCCACGUGCCCCAAGUGGGAUGGCUUCGGUGUGAAGUAGGCACAAUCCGAACCGAUAUCAUCCGGACGCCGAGGCUGACGUCGAACGGGGUCAAAUUAAACGGUGGCGAUGACUAAAUGACACUCUGUAUGUAUGGGCUAAGGGGUGGAGGGGUUACUGCUGCUCCCUCAUAACAACAAAGAAGAAGAAAAAAACCAAUACCCUACAAACAAACGGUUAAUAGAUUUUAAGGCAAAUUCCACAUACCACAGCCAGGUGAGUGUGUGAGUGUGGAUGUAUAAAACUACUGACAGAUACAGAAUAAACCAAAUCCAGGCCAACACCACAGCCCAGGAUGGGAGGGCUAAGCAACCCACCUUCCUGUGGUGGUGGCUGGUGGCUGGGAGGAAUGCUCGCUUAAUACUGUAUAUUUUAGCAGGCUCAGUGCGACGCUUAUGUCGACUUUAUUAGGAUAGGUUCUUGCACAAGACACAGACACACACACACUCGUAUGUAUGCGUAAUACACAGUAAUACACAGCAAAACAGAGUAAAAGGUGCAUAGCGUUGCACACACGGUUCACGAUUGUUUCGCAAUCUCACGUACCUAUCCCCACGGGGAAGGUAAGACAUUUUUUACACUUUUACUCUUACCUUCCCCCCGGAGACGCAGCCCGUGGGAAGCCCAAAUAAAGUUCGGGCUGGAAGUUGACGAUGGAUGGCCCAUUGCUCCAGACAGGUCAGGCUAACAGCUCAGCAAGAAAGUCGAUUGCUUCCGUUUUCCCGUGUAUUUUUUUUCCUUUGGCAUGGUUCUCGGCACCCGCGACCAUGGAUCUCGGCAGCUAGGUAGAACGGUUGUGUUACCACUUGCACCAGCAGCAGGCUGCACACGUUCUGCCAAAAAGUAGAUUUGUUGCUUUGUUUAUGCUCUAUAAAAUGAACCACUCUUCUCCCCCUUCCCCCACGGCAAAUGAUGCUUUGCUGGGCUGAAGUUUCAAACGAUUUAACCUUACAGGAACGGGCAACCAGCAAACGCAACCACCACCAUGGAUCGAUACAGACACAGUGAACACAUAUGCAUGCACACCCGUAGUCAAACAUGGGCCGGCAGAUCAAUGUAUGAAGGGCAAAGGGAAGAGAAGUACACAAAACACAAAUAACAGCCGAGAUUGAUGGAUGUGACUGCAAGGGGAGGAGGAUUAUGCUGGAAUGAAGCAGUGUGUGGGUGUGUGUUUCACUUACCUUGGAAUGGUACAGGCCGUAGGCAUACACUAUCCCAUUGCCGGUUGAUUUCCGUUUAAAAACAUGACGAAUUUCAUUGAAUAUACAAGUUGUCUAACACACCCUCACGCGCACACUCACACACACACACACCCAACCAUUCUUCAAUCGGACCGGUUUAUAGUUUCUCCGGAAGUACAUUUCAUCAGCCAGCACUGUAGGUCAACGGCCAAAGCUGCUGCCACGUGCUCUUCGGUACAGUUUUUGCGUGUAGUUGCACUGCUUGAACAGCAUCCCGUAGCAUUGUGCAAUCAUUAGCUAAUGGGUUGGGCAGCAGAAAUAAGCACACUUUUCACUAACUUGAUCUACAGAAACACUCACACACACAUACAUUAUAGCACGGAAAUUGAAGACAGACAAACUGAGCCGAAACCAAGCAAGCAAACCACAAAAUUAAUAAAGCGCAAAGACACACACACACACACCUACAUACGCAGCAACACAAAUCAAUAAAACAACAAAUGGCAAAGGAACAAUAAGAUAGAAAUAAAGAAGUAUGGAAAAAACUA